CUGGUGCAGAAUUCACAGAGGGACAUUAAGGUGGUGGUGGAUAUGUUCAGUGAUAUAACCAAUGCAGUGGAAUAUGUACGUGAUAAUCAUCUUAUGCAUCGCGAUCUUAAGAUGAGCUAUGGGGUGUGUGUUGGUAGUGUUGUAGGUGGUUAGAAUUGAUCGUUUAUUUAUUUAUUUAUUUAUUUAUUAAUUUUAUGUAUUUAUUUAUUUGUAUGUGUGUGUGUGUGUGUGUUGUGAGUGAGUGAUUUUUCUUUCUUUUAUUUGUUUAGGUUUUAUGUAUAUAUAUAUAUUUUUUUUUGGUUGAUAUAGUUGUUUUAUUCUGUUUCUUUCCCUCCCUCUCCCUCCUUCCCUGCCUCCAUUACAAACUCCUCUCCUCCUGUCCUCCCCACAGGCUUGCAAUAUCUUUCUCUCCCUCCUUAUCUCUGUAACUAAUUCUCUCUCUCUCUCUCUCUCUCUCUCUCUCUCUCUCUCUCUCUCUCUCUCUCUCUCUCUCUCUCUCUCUGUGUCUCUCGUGCAGCCCUCCAACAUCAUCAUCUCCCUGGAGGGCAAAGUGAAGGUGGGUGACUUCAGCCUGGUCACCACCAUCGCGGAGGAGAAGGAGCAGCAGGCUGCCUACACGCCUGCCACACACCUGCAGAGGUUCCCCGCUGAACACACGCAUACUCAUCGUGGUGGGAUUCGCCUCCACAUGAGUCCAGAGCAGGUGAGUGGGCAGGUGUACGACUACAAGGUGGACGUCUACUCACUGGGCCUGGUGUUCUUUGAGAUGCUGGUGCCCUUUGGGACGGGCAUGGAGCGCCUGGCCGUCAUGACGCGGCUCAAGGAGGAGCUGCUCUUCCCUCCAAAGUUUGAGGACAACUUCCCUGAUGAGGUGAGACAGAUGGGAGGAAUUGGUGAGGUGAAGCUGUUUUGUUUGUGUUUUUGAUGUAACUUUUUGAAAACAGCAACUUGU